ACACGGAGCCGAAUUGCCGAAAGCCUCCAAAGCAAAAGCAGGCAGCUGUGGGAGCCGCAGCCGCCGGGGCCGUCGACGUCAGACCAAGAUACCGAAUAUCGGUCGGUCCCCCACGCCGCCCAGCCGCUGCCGCUGCCCGGCCAAGUAGUGCCCCAACGCGAACGCAGGGCCACCCGUGACCCAUCGCGAGCGGAUCGCGCCGCGGCCGCGCGCGGCGGGUGGUGUCACGCUCGCACUCGCACUCGCACACGCCGCACACGCCGUCUCCCCCCAAAGCCAAGCGGCGCGCGGCCGCGCGGGGGCCAGCCCAGUAAUUUUCCACCAGCCGCCUUCGCCCCUCCACUCCGCAUAAACCCUACUAGUGCUACCAUGGCUUAACCCAAAAACUAAACCGAGUGCCCCGUGCCCACUGUCACACAAUACAGACCAGCCCCCCGUCACCUUCGAGCUCGAGCCAAGCCAAACGAUGUCCGUCGCCUCCCCGCACCAUCUCCGCCCCUCGCCGCUGGCGCCGGCAUGCCGUGCUGGCGGCGUCCCCGCGCGCGCCGCGGCGGCGCACCGGCCAUGGUGCCCGCGCGUCCGCCGGGCCGUCGCCGCGGCCUCCUCCGGCGGCGGCGGCGGCGAGGCGGUGACGGCGGUGAGCGCGGCGGCGGUGGGGGCGCCCGCGAGCGCCGCGAGGGACACGGAAUGCAGGGUGCGGCGCCACACGAUCUCUGUGUUCGUCGGCGACGAGAGCGGGAUGAUAAACCGGAUCGCCGGGGUGUUCGCCAGGAGAGGGUACAACAUCGAGUCGCUCGCCGUGGGGCUCAACAAGGACAAGGCCAUGUUCACCAUUGUCGUCUCCGGCACGGACAGGGUGCUCAACCAAGUCAUCGAGCAGCUCAACAAGCUUGUCAACGUCUUGAAUGUGGAAGAUCUAUCUAAGGAGCCACAGGUUGAAAGAGAGCUGAUGCUUAUAAAAAUUAAUGUUGAACCAGAUCAGCGUCCUGAGGUCAUGGUUUUAGUUGAUAUUUUCCGAGCGAAAGUUGUUGAUAUUUCGGAGAACACCCUUACCAUCGAGGUAACUGGAGAUCCUGGCAAAAUUGUUGCUGUGCAAAGGAACCUCAGCAAAUUUGGGAUAAAAGAAAUUUGUAGAACGGGAAAAAUUGCUUUGAGACGUGAAAAAAUUGGAGCAACUGCCCGCUUCUGGGGAUUUUCUGCUGCUUCUUACCCAGAUCUCAUAGAGGCAUUGCCCAAAAAUUCUCUUCUUACUUCUGUAAAUAAGACAGUCAAUGGAAGUUUUGAUCAACCAUCCAAUGCUGGGGGCGAUGUCUAUCCUGUGGAACCUUAUGAGGGUUCAUCCAUGAACCAAGUACUUGAUGCUCACUGGGGCGUCCUUGAUGAUGAAGAUUCAAGUGGACUUCGAUCACAUACUCUAUCCAUCCUUGUCAAUGAUUGCCCUGGUGUUCUCAACAUUGUUACAGGGGUCUUUGCUCGCAGAGGCUACAAUAUACAGAGUCUUGCUGUAGGCCCAGCUGAAAAGUCAGGCCUUUCGCGUAUUACAACAGUUGCUCCUGGAACAGAUGAAUCCAUUGAGAAGUUAGUUCAGCAGCUUAACAAACUUGUUGAUGUGCAUGAGGUUCAAGAUAUAACUCACUUGCCUUUUGCUGAAAGAGAACUUAUGCUUAUCAAGGUUUCUGUGAACACUGCUGCUCGGAGAGACAUACUAGAUAUUGCUGAAAUCUUCCGGGCAAAAUCUGUUGAUGUUUCUGAUCACACUGUUACGUUACAGCUUACUGGGGAUCUCGACAAGAUGGUUGCAUUACAAAGGCUGUUGGAGCCUUAUGGCAUCUGUGAGGUCGCCAGAACAGGGCGAGUGGCGCUGGUCCGCGAAUCCGGUGUCGAUUCCAAGUACCUUCGUGGCUACUCCUUUCCGUUGUAAUCCCAGGUCUUGUGAGAAGAAAGGACAGUAAUAAAAUGCUUGGUCGGUUGGUUGCUACCUGUUACAGCAGAGUGUUGUAGUAGAGUGUUGUAGUCAGAUUCCGUUCGUUCAGUUAUGUUGUUUGUUAUGAUGCUGUUCUUUUGUUGUUGUUUACCUUCCUCUCUGUAAUGUGCCAAUCCGCUGGCUUCUUGUCCAGUAAAGAUCAUGAUGCAAGAGUUGAGCCUAUGUUUUCUACUGACAGGCAAA